AAAUGGACGGCUUAUUCUGUAUCACAGCAAUGCUGCGAAUUUUACUUAUCCUUCUAUGCUGUUCGGUGUACUGUGAAGAUACCCGAGAAUACUGCCAAGACAGAGUUGAGAAGUGUGAAUGCGAUGUAACUGGUAACAUACCACCAACCAAGAACAGCUUCCCAUAUGUGGUAUCCUUGCAAUGGAAAACCGGUGAAUCGAACGACCACCUUUGUAGCGGCACACUUAUCACUGCACAAAAAGUUCUGACUGCAGGCCGUUGUGCUAUAAAGUCGGAUGAGGGCAUGUACUGGGCUGUCGCCGGGGAAUGCGAUUUGACGGUCGUCGAAGGAACAGAACAGAGGCGACGAGUAGUGGAGCAGAUUGUGCAUCAGAAAUACUAUACAGUGCAUGGCGUCCAUCACAACGAUGUGGCAGUAUUCCUGUUGUACUCUCCUUUUUUGCUCACUGAAUAUGUGCAGACAGUCAGUGUUGCCCGGGAGCCUCUCCCAGGUAAAGAGAUGCUCACCGUCGCUGGAUGGGGCUCCGUGAGGGACGAUCCAGCGCCGCACCUGCCGGUGCUACAUUACGUCAAUAGGAACACACAGGCGGCGGACUACUGCAGCGACGUCAUCGGAGAGCCCAUUGACAACUUAACUGUUUGUACCUUAUCUGUUCUCGAAGGCCCUUGUUUGGGAGAUUCGGGCUCUGGUGCAGUACAUAACGGCGUUGUGUAUGGCGUCGUCUCGUGGAUAUACCUCAAGUGCAACCCGCAUGGUGGCUAUAGCAUGGUCAUGAGUGUCUAUGGCUACAGAGAUUUCAUUACAAAUUUCUCGUAA